ACGAACAUAGUUACUGGUACCUAGGACUUUAGCUACGAUCCUUCUUCAGAACGUGCCGGUCGUGUUUUCAUCUUUGUUCUUUCAUUAAAAAAAAAAAAUCCUCAAAAGUGGUCCAAGUUUACAAAGUGAACUUCUUCUUCUAUAUCGAUAAAUACACUCAUGUAAAUUAUAGUUUAUCUAAACCACCUUUCUUUUAAAUCAUUCCAAAAAGUAAUUUUCAGGUCACCAUUUUUUUCUUUUUUCUCAUUCAUUUUGACAAAAAAUAAUAUUAUAUCAUCACACCUAAAAAGUUUAGAAUAAUGUAAUGAGAACAUUUUCGGGAGUGAUUUCGAGAAAUCGAGUGACAUAUAUAUUUUGAAAGGUUCGUAUUGAAGAGGGAAAAAAAAAAUUGUAUAUAUAAGUCGAAGAAAAUUCAACGAUAUAGAAGGGAAGAUCAAAAAGGGAUGAAUUCGCGAAUGGCAUGGAUUUGAAAGCACUUUGUGGACAAACGAGUUUAGAGGGGUUGCAUUUGGCACGAGCGCGCCACCAAUAUUAUGCAUCUUUUAUUGUGUCAAGUAAGGAGGAAUAUUUUGAAAAGAAAAAUACCUAUCAGUUUAUACUGGACAAAAUGUAAAUAACGAAAGCCAAUAUAAAUAUAUAUCCAUGAAUGCUAUCUUUGAAAAUAAUUUAAGUUUAUAGCGUAAACAUCUCCGACCAAUGAAUAUCAAACGAAAAACGUUGAGGAAGUAGUAGUAGUAAAAAAAAAAAAAAAAAAGAGGAUCAUCCCUUUCAACAUGUCCUUUUUCGGUUGGGGAAAGGGUGGUCGUGAAAGCUCUGACCAUCCAGGACGAAAUUUGCAAGACGGACUUUUUCAAAUAGCCUCGCAAGCUUGUCACAUACUCGUGCAGGUUAACAACACACACAAUGUGUCUUAUGGUGGAAGCAAUAACGUGACCAACGUAGCGUACUCAAAGUACUCGACGGCCGGUGGUUCGUCUACUUUGGCAUCAUCCUCUUCCGGUCGUGGAACAUCCUCCACCAGCAAAUCUUUCUCCACACAUGUACAUCCUGAGGGCAAGGAUCAGGACGUUGUGGUGCUUUUACCUCCUCAGAAAAACAGGACACCGCGGAUUCGACAGAAGUUAUCAACGUUAUCUGAAAAUACCAGACUGGGCGUUAGCUCCCCUCAAAUCGAUGAGGAUUUUGAACUUUGGGAUCAGUCUGGUUUUAUGUUAAGGAACGAUAUGGAUGAUUAUGUAACGAAUUCAAAAUGGGGGGCACAAAGUUGGUGUAAACCAAGUUGUAUACCAAUUACGGUAAUUUUGGUAUUAAUUGUUUUGGUUGUACUUUUGCCAUUACUCGAUGCAGCUGAUAAGCAAGCAUUAAAUUCAACAAGAAUUGAAAAUAAUUCUAAAUUGUCUUGCAUGGAUAGCUGCAGUUUAUCCCUGAUAGAGUCAAUUCCUAUCGGUCUCAACUACUCGAAUAAUUCUGUAAUCCACCAAAGUACUUAUCAGACAUGGAAGGAUCUAAUAGAGUCCGCUCAAAGUACAAUUGAAAUAGGCUCCUAUUAUUGGACAAUGAAACGAGAAGACGUUUAUCCUCACGAUAGUGCAAAAGAAGGCGAGGACGUAUUUCAAGCGCUAUUGGAAGCCGGAAGGGAUCGAAGAGUGACACUGAAAAUUGCACAAAACGCACCCUCGCAAGUUAGUCCAAACACUGAUACUGAGUUCUUGAGUAAAAAGGCUAAUGCACAAGUGAGAAGUUUAAACUUUGCAGCCCUCAUUGGCGCUGGAAUUCUCCAUACGAAACUUUGGAUUAUAGACAGGAAACACGUGUACGUUGGUUCAGCGAAUAUGGAUUGGCGAGCAUUGACACAAGUUAAAGAACUUGGUUUUGUCGCCAUGAAUUGCUCAUGCUUGGCGGAAGAUAUCGCUAAAGUUUUCGAUGUUUAUUGGUUACUUGGAGAAAAAAAUCAAGUACCCACAACGUGGCCAGCAAAUUUUAGUACCAAAAUCAAUGUUAAAAAUCCAAUGACACUGACUCUUGACAAUGUCAAGUAUCGAACAUUUUUUUCAAGUGCACCUCCAAAAUUUUCACCACCGGGACGAACAGACGAUAUUGACGCAAUUUUACAUUGCAUAGAAAAAGCUGAGAAAUUUAUCUAUAUUUCCGUUAUGGAUUAUAUACCAAUGAUGAUUUACACUCCAAAAUUUAAGUUUUGGCCGGUUAUUGAUAACGCUCUUAAAAUUGCAGCAAUUGAGCGUAAAGUAAAUGUGAGACUUUUAAUUUCAUGGUGGAAACAUUCGAGAAUGAGUGAGGAUCAUUUUUUGAAAUCAUUAGAGGAUUUGACGAAUUCGUACAAGAAUGUGAAAAUUGAAGUUAGGCGAUUUAUUGUUCCUACAACACCUGACUUUGACCAGAUACCUUAUUCAAGAGUUAAUCAUAAUAAAUAUAUGGUUACGGAUGGUGCUGCCUACAUUGGAACUAGUAACUGGUCGGGCGACUAUUUCGUUGACACUGCUGGGGUCAGUGCAACUUUCGAGGACGAUGGAGUCAAUAAUAAAAAAAGUCUCAGAAAACAAUUAGAAAAUGUAUUUCUUCGCGACUGGAAUUCGCCCUAUGUUCAUCUAUUAAAUGCAUCCUGCUGGAAUCAGAAUCCGGAAAGAAAUACAAGAAGAAGAGGGCCCUUACAACCAACACAAUCUCAUCAUGUACCUGCUUAAAAAAUUUUUUGUAAGUAAUUAAAAUUAUUUACAAAAAUUGCAAUAUUGAUAUACCACCAGUGCCGCUAUUCUGUACCAAAAAAAAAAAAAUAUUUUCUUCCCCCACAAAAUAUUGUGAAUUCAAGAAAUAAAAAUUACAAAAAAAUAAUAGGAAAUAUUUUACAUAAUUUGAAAAUCAAGAAAAA